AUGGCGGAGAAGAAGAGGCGUCGGCCGGCCCUCGCAUGUGAGCAAUGCCGGCGCCGAAAGAUUCGAUGCAACAGAAACUUGCCCUGUUCGAAUUGCUUCAAAUCAAAUAUAUCGCCUUGUACUUAUGCCCCUACACAUGUUCCAGCCUCACGGAGCAAGAAAGGUGCUGCGGAUUCAUCUUCACAUGUACCGGGGAGAUCAGCCCCUGUCGUUGAUUCGAACCAAAGACAGUCCCCGUCAGAUUCUUCUGCAAAAAGACACUCUUCUAGCGUUCCAAGCUCGACGAUAGGUUCAAACUCGGACACAUCGACUGUCGAUGCGUUGGCUGCCAGGGUCAAGGAGCUUGAGCAGAAGCUUGCCGAGUCCUGUCACAUCACCCAACCAGGAGAAGAUGUAUUUAUUCAACCCGAUGACCAGGAGGAGGAGCCGGCUCCAAUGAAGGGUACUGUUUCCAAGACGCGAUUUUUCGGCCAGAGCCACUGGAUGAAUGGUGUUGUCAUGUUUCCCAAUGUUUUCGACGUGCUCAAGUUGCCAAAUGAACGAAACAAAGAACCUCACAUGAUAUUUUCCAAGUGCAAAACCUUAGGUCGUACCAUUAAAUCACAUCGCCUCAAACCUAUCUCAACAGAUAAGCUAGGACAAGCCAUUCCUGAGCGUGGCCUUACAGACCAACUUGUUAACGCCUACUUCGCCACAUUCGAAGGUGUCUUCCGUAUCCUACACGGCCCUACAUUUUGGGUAGAGUAUGAGCGCUACUGGCAGAAUCCUGAAGCUGCUAGUCAAGUGUUUGUCAUGCAGAUGCAGACAUGCAUGGCGCUCGGAGCAACAAUCCAUGAUGAUGUCUUCAGCUUGCGGCCUACUGCUAUGCAAUGGAUCCACGAGGUCCAGAUCUGGCUCACAUUACCGCCAGAAAAGAGCAGGAUGACGAUUGCUGGUAUUCAGAUUAUGUGUAUGCUGAAUCUGGCAAAGGCUUGUUGCGGAGUGGGCCAAGAACUUACCUGGAUCGCUGCAGGCUCUCUAGUUAGGCAGGCCAUGUAUAUGGGUCUACACCGGGAUCCUAAACAUCUUGCCAACAUGUCUGUAUACCGCUCUGAGAUCCGUCGACGUCUGUGGGCAACUAUCCUCGAACUCAACCUGCAAACUUCCUACGACUCUGGAGGCUCGCCGUUGAUCUCCUCGAAGCACUACGACACACGGCCCCCAGCUAACCUCAACGACUCUGAGCUCUCUGAUGAACCGGAUGCCGAAAGACAACCAAGUGGUGACCCUGAGGCUUUAACUGACAUGUCAGUUCAGCUUGCCCUUCAGAAGUCCUACGCACUUCGCUUGGUGAUUAUCAAGCACGUCAAUGAAUUUCGAUCCAAGGAGUCCUACACCGAAACACUGCGUCUAAACUCCGAACUCACAAAGACAUGCCGCACUCUUACUGAGGCGCUUGCUGCUCUAUCGCAAGCUCAAAGACACCAGCCUCGCAUUAUCUUCACACAAUUCCAUAGUGCCCUGGUCCAAAUGUUUACAUAUCGCUGCUUUCUGUCUCUUCAUCAACCCAUGGUAGCUCGCUCCAACGACGACCCAACGUAUUACUACUCUCGCAAAGUAUCACUUGACUCUUCGCUCAAGCUCGCACAGCUAUGCACCCUUUCAAUACCACGCUAUGGAAAUUAUCCCACUGGCGGUUCGAAUGACCCUGCGACAAGUCUCAACCGUCUCAUCACAAACGGCACAGGGAUUUUCCGUGUGUUGCCGAUCCAAACACUCUUUUCUGUGUCACUCGAGUUCAUCAAGAAGUGCGAAGAACAACGAGACAGUCUUGGCGGCCUUCCAGCUAUGGGCUACGGGGAGCUUCGCUCUGUUCUCAACGCCGCUCUAGUAUGGUAUGAACGAAGAAUACUCGCGGGAGAAACAAAUAUCAAGGGAUAUUGCUUCGUUGGUGCCGCCAUAGCGCUUGCCGAUGCUAUGGAGCUGGGUUUGUCACAGGAAGACACCGAUCAGACUGUAAUCGAUACUGGGGCACGUUUAGGCAACAAAAGUUACGAGCUAUUGAAACAGGUUGCCGAACGUGACGGCAUACCAGUUGUGGACCUUGAAGACGAGGAGGCGAUACAGUUUGAUGUGCCGCUUCUUGACGGUGAUGCUAUGCAGGACAUCAUGGAUAUUCCGCUGGACUGGAUGGUGAUGGGUGAUUUGGGUUUAGAUGGAAUGGGAGGAUUCAAUUGGGCUAGAGGUAACAUGCCCCAAGAGUUUGAAUCCGUUGACCCAUCAGUCGUGUCACAAACACAAUUCUAG